AAAUCAUGCCUUUGAUCUCGCUUUUCGUAUUCACCAUUGUAUAAAUCUCACACCUUUGCGCAUCCUCUUCUCUCCUCCAUCGUCGAUCCGUUGCCUCCUUCGUCCGGGAAGGAGAUCCAAGAUCAGAGAUCGUCUCCCCAGUUGCGUUCUUCGUUGAGCAUUGUAUUGUAGAAGAUGGCCGACACUGAGGAUAUCCAGCCCCUUGUUUGCGACAAUGGAACUGGCAUGGUCAAGGCUGGGUUUGCCGGUGAUGAUGCUCCUAGAGCAGUAUUCCCUAGCAUUGUUGGUCGUCCUCGUCAUACCGGUGUCAUGGUUGGGAUGGGGCAAAAGGAUGCAUAUGUUGGGGAUGAAGCACAAUCCAAAAGAGGUAUCCUCACUUUGAAAUACCCAAUUGAGCAUGGUAUAGUGAGCAAUUGGGAUGAUAUGGAAAAGAUCUGGCAUCACACGUUCUACAAUGAGCUCCGUGUUGCCCCAGAGGAACACCCUGUGCUUCUUACUGAAGCUCCUCUCAACCCUAAGGCGAAUAGAGAGAAAAUGACUCAAAUUAUGUUUGAAACUUUCAAUGUCCCUGCAAUGUAUGUUGCCAUUCAGGCUGUGCUUUCCCUCUAUGCUAGUGGUCGUACAACAGGUAUUGUGCUCGACUCUGGUGAUGGUGUGAGUCACACUGUUCCAAUUUAUGAGGGCUAUGCUCUCCCCCAUGCUAUUCUUCGUUUGGAUCUUGCUGGUCGUGAUCUCACAGAUGCCCUGAUGAAGAUCCUUACUGAGAGAGGCUAUUCUUUUACUACAACGGCAGAGCGGGAAAUUGUCAGGGACAUCAAGGAGAAGCUGGCAUACAUUGCCCUUGAUUAUGAACAAGAGCUGGAGACUGCCAAGAGCAGCUCGUCUGUGGAGAAGAGUUACGAACUGCCAGAUGGGCAGGUCAUAACCAUCGGUGCAGAGAGGUUCAGGUGCCCUGAGGUACUCUUCCAGCCAUCCUUGAUCGGCAUGGAAGCUGCUGGAAUUCAUGAGACCACAUACAACUCCAUCAUGAAAUGUGAUGUGGAUAUCAGGAAAGAUCUUUAUGGCAACAUUGUGCUCAGUGGUGGUUCAACCAUGUUCCCUGGAAUUGCUGACAGAAUGAGCAAGGAAAUCACAGCACUCGCCCCGAGCAGCAUGAAGAUCAAGGUGGUUGCUCCCCCUGAGCGGAAAUACAGUGUCUGGAUUGGUGGUUCUAUCCUUGCUUCCCUUAGCACCUUCCAACAGAUGUGGAUUUCAAAGGCAGAGUAUGAUGAAUCCGGCCCCUCGAUCGUCCACCGGAAGUGCUUCUAAGUUUUCCAUUUUACAGUAUAUAGUCAGUCAUCUUUCUGCAGUUUUUACGGUAUAUAUAUGUGGAGUGGCAUUUGCGAUGUAUUUGUGGUAGAUUGAGGUUGAUGAUUGAGCCUCGUGGUUUUCAGUACUGCUUGUGUUUGAGAAGAAGAGUUUCUGGACCCUUAGAGAGAUGAUUCCUUUUCUAGUGGACAUUUCUUGGCAUUUGCUUCUGGUAUUGGAUGGUGUUAUUGUUUUCAUUUUCUAAUUUUUCCUGGCUAGUUGUGGUAUGUAUCAUGGUCAUUAGUUUGUUCUGUUGUACCAGAAACACUUAUUAUGAUUUCCAACUUGGUUAAUGGAUUGCUAUAUUGCUUUUUCAUCAA